AAUUCGACUGGAGUAGUAGUCUAGUCCAAGAGAGCAAAUGCAAGAGGACACAAACUUUAUUACCAGGGUUACUGAUUCCACUUCUGGCAAGUUCAGGUUGGGAUAAGAUGUUUUGACUGAGAACAUCUGGACUAACACUUUUUUCAAAGGUCAUCUGCUUGUUUUUCAGAACUGCUGGACUUCUUGUGUGAACUGUUUCCAUUGUGUUGUGCUGACGGAGCAUCUGCUGGCGCUUUUGCUGUUCUUCAAUGACAGCAAGGCUGUAGCUUUAGCUCUACACCACUCCGUUCUUUUGCAUUCCACUGCAUAAGUGGAGCAAGGAGAAUCAGCGAUGAAGAUGUGGAGGUUGAAGGUGCCAGUCUGGCUCACCUUAUUUGCUCUCUGCUGGAUCUUAGCAUGCUUUGGGAAUAUAGAGGCAGAUGGCAUGGUCAAGUCUGGCCAGGCAACCAAAGGUCUUCGGGCAAGAAAAACAGCUGCUGUUGAUCAGAAGAAAAAAGAAAUACAGGGACCACAGCCAGAAGAUACUCCGAAGGAUGAACCUGGGGCAGAUGUGGAAGCUAAAAAGGACAAACCAGGGAGUAAAAAGUCACCUGAGGAGGUGCUAGCAGCCAAGGCAAAGAAAGCAGCAGAGAAGGAGGCCAAGGCAAAGAAACCGAAACCCCCCAAACCCACCAAAAAGCCCAAGCCACCAAAGCCAACGAAGAAGCCCAAACCACCGAAGCCAACCAAAAAACCUAAACCACCCAAACCCACCAAAAAGCCCAAAGCGCCGAAGACCACACCACAGCCCAAAAAGAAGGUCGAGAGCCCUCCGACCAAAAAAACAACCCUGGAGGAGGAAGAGGAGAAACUUCUAAGAGAACUUGGAUGGGACACAUUAUUUCCUACAGUAUCGCAGAAGGAAACUGAGGAGAAGAAGACUCCAAGCCUAGAUCAUGACAUUCUCAUCAAGAAAGAAGAGCCAACAUCACCUUCUAUAACCAAAAUCCCUAAGGAACAUGAUCCUGAUUACUGGGAUGCCAGACAUGAGGUGCCAGAGCCUGACCUCCUCCCUAGACGCAAGGAGGCCACCACCACCACGGAGGAUCCAAGCAUAUAUUUACCCAUCCCAGAGGAGACCACAGCACCACCAUUUGUAACCCCCUGGUAUGAGGAAUAUGAUUAUGCGGACUUGGCGGCAAAGAAGCUGGAGGAGGAGAUGGAGAAAAAACGGAAGGAGAAGGAGAAAAAGGCUGAAGAAAUGAGGAAAAAGUGGGAAGAGGAGGAAGAAGAAAGAAGAAAGCAGAUCCCUGUUUAUGUUGAACCAAAGAACUGUCCACCACUUGGCAUGGAGUCACACCGCGUGGACGAUGACCAAAUCCUGGCCUCCUCCAUGUCCCAUCAUGGGUUUUCAGCCCAGAGAGGCCGCCUGAACAUGCAGAGCUCAGAUGACGAGGAUGAUGUUUACGGAGGGGGCUGGUGUGCAGACAGUGAGGAGAAGGAGCACUGGUUUCAGCUGGAUGCUCGUCGAGAGGUGGAAUACACUGGGGUCAUCAGCCAGGGGAGGCACUCUGAAACAAAUGAUGACUUUGUUUCAUCAUAUUUUGUGGCCUUCAGCAACGACAGUCGUGACUGGACAGUGCUUCACGAUGGCUAUGCUGAAUGGCUCUUUUACGGCAAUGUUGACAAAGACACUCCAGUGAAGGCGGAGUUCUCUCAUCCUGUGGUGGCACGGUAUAUCCGAAUCCUACCCCAAAGCUGGAAUGGCAGUCUGUGCAUGAGAUUGGAAGUGCUUGCCUGCCCUCUGCCUACUAGCUUCCCAAAUGAAAAUGACGUUACGCCCACUGAUGACCUGGAUUACAGGCACCACAACUACAAAGAGAUGAGGCAGAUGAUGAAAGUGAUAAAUGAGGAAUGUCCCAACAUCACCAGAAUCUACAACAUUGGCAAGAGCUCUCAAGGACUGAAGAUGUACGCAAUGGAGAUCUCAGACAAUCCAGGAGAACAUGAGACAGGUGAGCCAGAAUUCCGCUACACUGCAGGACUGCGUGGGAAUGAAGUUCUGGGAAGAGAACUCCUGCUAUUACUCAUGCAGUUCCUCUGUAAGGAGUACAAUGACGAUAACCCUCGGGUGCGCCGCCUCGUGGACGGAGUGCGCAUCCAUUUGGUGCCCUCUCUCAACCCAGACGGAUAUGAGCUGGCUUAUGAAAUGGGCUCAGAAAUGGGAAACUGGGCAUUGGGACAUUGGACAGAGGAAGGCUACGACAUUUUCCAGAACUUUCCGGACCUUAACAGUAUUCUGUGGGGCGCAGAGGACAGGGGCUGGGUUCCUCGUAUUGUGCCGAACCACCACAUCCCCAUGCCAGAGAACUUCUUGAAUGGCUCGGUUGCUGCUGAGACUAAAGCCAUAAUCGCCUGGAUGGAGCGAACACCCUUUGUUCUUGGAGCAAACCUGCAGGGCGGUGAGAAGAUUGUGACGUACCCCUUUGACAUGCAGAGACCACCCAGGGCCAGUAGCAUGGAUGGUAGAGGGGUGCGGCGCUAUGGGCGUCCCAUAGUGGAGUACCACAUGAACGAGGAGACUUGGGCCCGGAUCCAGAGGCAGAACGAGGGAGCGCUGAGGGAGACAGCUGACGAGAGCAUGUUCCGCUGGCUGGCCAUGACCUACGCCCACAGCCACCUGACCAUGACCGAGACAUACCGCAGCUCCUGCCACACUGAUGACAUCACAGGGGGCCAGGGCAUCAUCAAUCAUGCCAGCUGGAAACCAGUAGUAGGCAGUAUGAAUGAUUUCAGCUACCUUCACACUAACUGCUUUGAAAUAUCCAUCUUCCUGGGAUGUGACAAGUUUCCUCAUGAGAGUGAGCUGGCUCAGGAGUGGGAGAACAACCGAGAGGCCUUGCUAGCUUUCAUCGAGCAGGUGCAUCGUGGUAUCAAAGGUAUUGUAAGGGACACAGAGCAAAAUGUAAUCGCGAAUGCCAGCAUAUCAGUGGAAGGCAUCAGGCAUGACGUCAAAACAGCUUCCACUGGUGAUUACUGGCGUCUCCUAAACCCAGGAGAGUAUCGCGUCACUGCAAGAGCGGAAGGUUAUUCGCCUCAAACACGGCUCUGUAUGGUGGGCUAUGAGGCGGGGGCCACGUCGUGCAGCUUCACGUUAACAAAGUCCAACUGGGCCCGUAUUAGACAAAUCAUGGAAAGCAAUAAGAAACCAGGUGUGACCUCCAGACCUGUGGUUCAAAGUCCAGUUAAUGCAGGUGCUGACAACAAAGGCCCGUCCACUGUCCCCCUAAGUAAGCGACAAUGGUGUUUACGUCGAUUCAGAAUGCCAGUGCGGAGAUGGAAGUGUAUGAGGCCCAACAUGACCACCACUGUGGCCACCAGCACCAGUACGACCACCACCACUCCGCUGCCCACUACUACCACGCAGUUAACAACACAAACCUCUGACUCUUGGUAUGACUCCUGGUUUGGGCAGGACAGUCCACCCACAGCCGUCCCCAAUGAAGCUGAAAUUGAAGAGUCUGAGCCUACGCAGGACUAUGACCUUGCAUACAGAAUAGAUGAUUAUUAAGCACAGAUACACUAUAUGGACAAAAGUAUUGGGACACACCUCUUAACUAUUGCCAUAGGUGUAUGAAAUCAAGCAUCCAGCCAUGCAGUGUGCUAUUUGUGAAAGACUGGGUCGUUCUAAAGGGCUCACUGAAUUUGAGCGUGGUACUGUAAGAGGAUUCCAUCGUUGCAAGUCAGUUCACAAAAUUUCUUCCCUCCUAGAUAUUCCACGAUCAACUGUGAGUGCCGUUAUUAUAAAAGUGGAAGCGUUUAGGAGCCACGGCAACUGAACCAUGAAGUGACAGGCCACGUAAAUUUACAGAGCAGGGUCCCCGAGUUCUGAGGCGCAUACUGCAUAAAAGUCCCCAGCGCUCUGCUGACUCAAUAAGAGUUCCAAACCUCCUCUGACAUUACAAUCAGCACAAAAACUUUGCGCCACGAGCUCCAUGACAUGGAUUUUCCUUCUCUAUCUGUCAGUCUGAUGGACGAGUCUGAAUUUGGCAAAUGCCAGGAGAACAUUUCCUGCCUGACUGCACUGUGCCAACCAUAAAGUUUGGUGGAGGAGGAAUAAUCCUAU